CUCUUUUUUUAUCCUCCUUCUUGAUAUUCACUUUUUGUGUUUAUUAAUCCGACCAGCUGAAUAUUUUACCAAGCUGUGUUUGACCUAAUCCUCCUUUGUCAAUCCUUUUUUUAAAAAAAACAUCUCCACUCUUUACAACUAAUACUAAUAUAAUAUAUAAUGCCUGGAAGCAUUAAUAAUGCUCAGCAGCCUUUUGCUGCUGAAGGUGAUGAUAAUCAUUAUCACCGACAAGAAUUUGUUACGACUAAUAGCGAGGAAUACCGCCAAGAACAGUACGCAGAUGAUGGUUUUGAAGAGUAUUCCGAAAAGCCUGCCGCUCCCGUCAAGAAGCCAUUCUACAAAAACAAGAGAUAUUGGAUCAUUUGCUCCAUUAUUUCCAUCAUUUUAAUUGUGGUUGUUGUUCUUUUAAUCCUUUUUGUUGCUUUCCCCAAGAUUGCUCAAUCCACCAUGAACCAUUCCACAAUUGAAGUUCAAGCUGCUCAAAUCUCAUUCGAUCCUCCUGCCGAUUCUGGUCUUCAGCCUGUUGCUGGUGCCGAUGCUAAUUCUACUUUCUACAUGCAUAUGGUCACUGACCUCAAAAAGACCGGUCCAUUUAGUGCUGAUAUUGUCUUUGAAGAUAAUAUUCAAGUCAUUUACAACGAAACUGUUCUCGGUACUAUUACUCUCCCUAAAACACACAUUGCCCAUGGAAAGGGUUCAAUCGAUACGUAUACCCCUUUUACCAUUACUGAUGUUGCUGCUUUCUCUGCGUUCAGUCGUUACAUGUUGGCUAAUGAAAAGUUCGUUUGGACUUUAAACGGUAAAGCUAAAAUCACUGCUCUUUCAAGAACUGCUACUGUUGACUUAAAGAAAGAUAUCACACUUGAAGGUAUGAACGGUUUCCCUCAGGUCAGAAUCAACUCUUUCCAACUUCCUGGUGAUGCCGUUAAUGGUGGUAUUCUUAUUGAACUUGGUACUGUUCUUACCAGUCCCUCUCCCAUCGGUGUUCAACUUGGUUAUAUCGAGAUGGAUAUCAGUUACGAUGGUGUUGAUCUUGGUAUGGUUCAUGCUAAUAACGUUUCACUUCAAAAGGGUGAUAACAAUAUUUUGCUCUCUGGUAUCAUGAAGUCUCAAGUCAAUGACCCUGCUGCUCAAGCCAAGAUCAGUACUCUUUUCUCUAAUUAUAUCGCUGGUUUAGUCUCCAACACCACUGCUAAGGGUGUUUCUGCUGCUCCCAACGGUAAGGAUCCUAUUGUUUGGCUCUCUGAAGGUCUCAAGUCUGUUACCCUCAAUGUUGCUCUUGCUGCCGAAGCUCCCUUAAAGAUCAUGAACUCUGUCUCUCUUGGUUACCUCGAUCUCAAUUUCAACAAGGAUGCUCCUUAUACCCCUGGUGUCAAAGCUCCUGUUGUAACUGCUGGUUUCUCCAUUCCUUUUGGAUUUGCUUUGAAUAUCACUGAAGUUACACAAAAUAUUACUCUUGGUCUCAACAAGUCCACAGGUUUUGAAAGCUUUGCUGUUAUGAAUGUCCCUUAUACUAAGGCUACAAGUGACCAAAAGGCAGGUAUUCUCAACUUUGCCAUGGAUAAUACGGUUCUUGCUGGUAUCCAAGGAAAGGAAUCUGUCUUUAAUGAAUAUAACUAUGCUUUGACUGCUUCCAACAAUUAUACUUUCAUCGUUGCUGGUAAUGCUACCACCAAGGUCAAUACCACCAUUGGUCCUCUUGUUCUCUCUGGUAUCAACUUUGAACUCCCUACUCAAUUGAAGGGUCUCCAGUUCUUGAACUCUUCUGCUACUGUGAUCAAUUCUCUCGAUGUCACUGGUGGUGAGUCUGAUAAUCUUAUUUUGGGUAUCAAUGUGACCAUGGAAAAUCCUUCCGACUUUAGUAUUGCUACUGGCGAUGUUGAAUUUGCCAUGUUAUCUGAAGGUACUAACCUCGGUGCUGUCAUCUUGAAUAACUUGACCUUAGCACGUGGUUCCAACACGGUUUUGGCUACUGCCAAAUUUGAUCCCAAGUCCUCCUCUGUCGGUCAAGAGUUACUCAGUACCUUUGUCAUGGGUCGUGAUAACGUUGUUCAAAUUGGUGGAACCCCAAAUUCGACUGCCAUUGCAUCUCUCUCUGAAGCUCUUUCUCAAAUCAGUCUUGACUCUACUUUACCCGGUCUUAAGGUAGCUUUGAUUCAAGGUUCUGCUUUAACUGUUCGUCCCACAACCAUUGCUGAUAGUUUGGUUGGUGUUAAGGUCACCAUUGCUAAUCCUUUCUCCGCUGGUUUGACUAUCACCAAGGUUGUCUCCUCUGUUGUUUAUAACGGUAUGCCUGUUGGUAAUAUUGAUCAAGAUAUUAGCAGCAAUCCUAUUAUUAUCCCUGGUAAAAGUACUGUUCAAUCCAAUGAUCUUGAUAUGACAUUAAACACUGAACCUGCUGCUGUUGCUCUCUUGCUUCGUUCUCUCGCUGUUGGUUCCAACUUGGAUACACGUCCCAUUGAUGCCUUGUUCACCAUGGGUGGUUUCAAUAUUGAAGGUCAAGAAAGUGUCACGGGCGAUGCCAAUUUAUUCAAGGGUUUCAACAUCUCUAACUUUGUGAUGGAAGCCAUGAAGAGUUUAAAGGUUGAUCUUUCACUUGCCUCUGAUUUGACCAUUGGUCAAUAUGCCAAUGUGCUUAGCUUUUCUCAAUCUGGUGUUCAAACUGCCACCGAUAACACUGUCACUGGUUUGAUUCCUAUUGUAGGUCAACCUAUUGUUCAACAAAUCGUGGAUGGUUCCAUCCUUGGAUUUGAGUCUAUUGUAAUGUCCUCUCCUACCGAAUCUGGUUUCAAGGUUCAAAUGAAGGGUUCGAUCAAGAACACUGGACCUAUGGAUGCCUCUAUUAGUUUCCCUACUCCCUUGACUGUUGCCUGGAACGGAAAGGUACUUGGUCAAGUGUCGAUGCAAACUCUUGAAGCCAAGGCUGAUGUCGGUGCCACAUUUGAUGUUAGCGGUGAUUUCACCAUCAGCAAUACAGAUGAUAUGACUGCCUUUGCCAUUGCCAUGAUUAACAAAGAUAGUUUCAUCUGGGAUAUCUAUACCAAGGAUGUCAGUGUCAAUGCACUCGGUUACACUUUCACCAAGAUUUCCAUGGAGAAAUUUGUCACACUCUCUGGAGCCAGUGGUUUCAAGGAUGCUGUCAAGAUUUCCAAAUUUGAUUUACCUAGUGAUGACCCUGCUGGUGGUAUUACUCUUACUGCUGUUACUUCGAUCGUGAACCCCAGUCAAGUUGGUUUCAACUUUGCAGGUGCUAACUUUGAGACAUUCUAUAAGGGUGUUGAUCUUGGGCCUCUCGGUGUAGAUGGAGCUGCUAUUUUCCCUGCUGUUGGUACUGCCAAUUUGAACAUGAAGGGUCAACUCCAAGCUCAAAAGCCUGGUGCUGGUAUUGAAGCUAUUAACGAGGUCUUUGCCAAUUAUUUGAGCGGUAAUGCCUCCAUCUUGACUGUAAAGGGUGUUUCUGCCUCUGGUCCCAACGGUCCCGUCCAAUGGCUCUCUACUGCUUUCAAGACCAUCCAAAUCGAAAACGUGGCUCUUCCCGGUGCCUCUCCUAUUCCUAACUUGAUCACUGCUGUCAACAUGAAGGAUUUACAAAUCGACUUUACAAAGAAUCCUUUUGCUGCUCCUGCUGGUUCUCAAGCUGUUGAAGCUCAACUUAAAAAUCCCUUUGGUUUCCAACUUGGUGUCAAGUCUCUUAAUAUGAAGGUGGAUGCUAACUCCGGUGGUCAUAAUGUUGCCAACUUGGAUAUUGGACAAGUCCCUGCUACCACGACAACCGAUGGUAUUGUUCACACUGCUUUCAAUAAUACUCCCUUCAAGGUCUAUAGCGGUGCCGAGCCCAUCUUUACUCAAUUUGUUGCUGGACUUACCUUGAGCCCUGUUGUUCCUUUUGGUCUUAAGGGUGUCGUUAACUCGAUUGCUCAAACCAGUAUUGGUGAAAUUAAUCUUAACAAUGUUCCCUUUGAUGUCCAAACCUCCUUAGCUGGUUUCCAAAGCUUUGGUGGUACUACUGAAAUUGUCUCUCUCAAGGUUGUUGGUGGUUUCCCUACCUAUAUUGCUGUUGAUCUUGUGAUUGCCUUGAACAAUCCCUCUCAAAUCACUAUUUCUGCUGGCGAUCUUGUCUUUGACGUGGUGAUGGAUGAAGCUGGUUCAAGUGUUGGUUCCGUCUUUUUGACAAACACAAUUAUCAAACCCGGUAGAAACGAAAUGACCGCCAGUAUGAAGAUGACCGGUACUGAUCUUGCUGCCCUCUCCAAGUUAUUGACCAACUACUUGACUGCCAAGACCACUCCUUUAACUGUCAAGGGUACUGAAGCUACUACCAAGAUUAUCCCUCUUCAACCUGGUCUUGCCAGAGUCGCUCUCAAGACCAAUAUGGUGGGUAUUCCUGCUUCUCUUGUUGUUGAAAACCAAAUGAAGCUCGUAGGUUUAACUCCUAAUAUCUGGGUCAAGUUUUCUAAUCCUCUUGAUACUCCCUAUACUGUUACUGGUAUCUCUGCUCAAGUCUUCUUCACUAACGGUAAGGGUGUCUAUGGUCAAUUGGGUACAUUGGCUGGUGCUGUCGAUCCUCCUGUUACCGUUCCUGCCAAGGGUACCGCUAUUAACUCUAGCCCCUUGAUCUUGAAGGCUGGUUUGGCUGAAGCCUUACAAUUCUUGAUGUUGCCUGCUGAAGCCAAGAAGGUGGAUCUUUUCCAAAACGUCACUAUGGUUGUAGGUGAAGGUUUCCAUGGUGGUAUGUACUAUGAACAAAAGGGUGUCCCCGUAGUUGAUAAAGCUCCCGAAGUGACAGCUGCUACACUUGCUCAAGCCGCAGCACAACAAGCUGCUGCCGCCUCUUCUGCCGCCGCUGCUGCUUCAUCUCCUGUCCUUUCUACUACCGCUGCUUCUGUUCCAGUUACAACUACCGAAGCUGCUGCUCCUACCACUACUGAAGCUGUUACCCCUACCACUACCGAAGCUGCUGCUCCUACCACUACGGAAGCUGUUGCCCCUGCCACUACUGAAGCUACUAUCAAGGCUGCUACCACCACUGAAGCUCCUACUACAACUAAGGCUGAAGCAACAGAAGCUGCUGUCAGUGCCGCCAGCGCGAAUGAAGACAACAUUGUUGUAUUGCCAUUCUAGAAUAUCCAUCCUAUUAAAUUUCAUUUCUAUUACUUUUUUUAAAAAAAAAGAAACUAUACAACA